AUGUUUUCGCUUGCUGGAUGUUCAUCACUUAUUCCAAUCAUUUCUCGUCGAACAGCUUUAUCCAGAACUCCAAGGAGGAUGUUUUCUGACAAGGUGUCCGAUGCUUACAAGUCCACUAUAAAGACACCACCUGAAACGACUGCUAGUGACGGAAGUCGCCAUGCUUCUAUACCAGAGUACGAUAAACAAGUGAGGUCCGGGAGACUGCACAGCGCGAGUGAGGAAACCGGUAUCAAGCCAACACAAUGGCAGAGGAGAUUCUUGGUGGUCACACAAUUGUACAAAAGUCAGAAGGAUAUUCCAGAAUACGUCGCUGUUCCCACAAUGAAUCGUAUGCACAAUCGAAUGCGCGCGAUUUGUAUUACUGUAGCUGUUCUACUAUUCUACUUCAUCUUCCACACUGCACGAUUUUCCACGGAAAGCAAGAUGAUCAGAGAUCGCGAGUCUGUGUUGUCUACGAAAAGAUAG